UGCCUCCCGGCGGCGGCGCCCCCCACCCGAGCCCCGCCGCCGCUGCCGCCGCGCUGUCCCCGCCUGCCGCCGCGCCUGGACAGCCCCCAGCUGCCGCGGGAACCCGCAGCCGGCGGGGGGGGAGGAGCGGAGCGAAGUGAAGCCACACUGCGCGGCUGCUCGCAGCCAGCCCGGCCGGCUCUGCGGGGAGGCGACUGCCGGAGCGGACUGCGGGGCGCGCCGGGCGGGGCCGCCUCCAGACCUCCCCUCCGCCCCCCCCGAGUCUCUCCCGCCGCCCCGCGGCAUGGUCGCGCCCGCCCCGCCUCGCCCCCUCCUCGCUCCUGCCGCCCGCCGGGGCCAGCGGGAAGAUGGAUGGGCACGUCCUGGGCUGGAUCGUCCUCAUGUGGCUCACAGUUGAGGUGGAAGGGCUGCAAGUCACUGUGCCUGAGAAGAAGAAGGUGGCAAUGUUGUUUCAGCCUGCUCUGCUUCGCUGCCAUUUCUCUACUUCUUCCACCCAGCCAGCUGUGGUACAGUGGAGGUUUAAAUCUUACUGCCAGGACCGGAUGGGAGAAGCUUUGGGUAUGGUGACUUCUGGUUUACAAACAAUGAGCAAGAGAAACCUGGACUGGGAUCCCUACUUGGACUGUGUGGACAGCAGGAGGACAGUCCGUGUCGUGGCUUCCAAGCAAGGAUCUGCCAUCACUAUAGGGGACUUCUAUAAGGAAAGGGAUAUCAGCAUUGUCCACGAUGCAGAUCUUCAGAUUGGGAAGCUGAUGUGGGGAGACAGUGGGCUCUAUUACUGCCUUAUCAUUACACCGGAUGAUGUGGAGGGCAAGAAUGAAGAAUCAGUGGAGCUGCUUGUGCUUGGCAGGACAGGGCUGCUUGCUGAUCUCUUGCCCAGUUUUGCUGUGGAGAUUAUGCCAGAGUGGGUCUUUGUGGGCCUGGUGAUCCUGGGAGCGUUCCUGUUCUUCCUCCUGGUGGGGAUCUGCUGGUGCCAGUGCUGCCCACACAGCUGCUGCUGUUACGUCCGCUGUCCCUGCUGUCCUGAGUCGUGCUGCUGUCCCCGCGCAUUGUAUAUAGCAGGCAAAGCAGCAAAGGCUGGGUACCCUCCUGCAGUCUCUUCCAUGCCAGGCGCAUACUACAUCCCCAGCGUUCCUGUGACUGGUGUCCCGUCUCCUGCUGUGCUGAUGGAUAAGUCGCACCCACCUCCCUUAGCCCCAAGUGAAGCCAGUGGAGGAAGCCAAAAUGCGGUGCGCAAAGGGUACAGGAUCCAGACCGACAAGGAGAGGGACUCCAUGAAGGUGCUGUACUACGUCGAGAAAGAACUGGCUCAGUUUGACCCAGCCAGGAGGAUGCGAGAACGAUACAACAACACCCUCUCCGAGCUCAGCUCUCUGCACGAAGAGGACUUGAAUUUUCGGCAGCCCUACCGCCAGGCGCGAAGGAAACCUCUGCCUCCUGCAGAGGACCUGGAUGGGGACCCCGAAUACUGGGCAGGGAUGAUUGGCGGGGGCAGCACAUCGAGAGCGCAGGCGGUCUCCGACUACAGGGAUGAGCGGGACAGUUUCCGGCACAGCCAGGAGAGAUCCAAGUCGGAGAUGCUGUCCCGUAAGAGUUUCUCGGUGGGAGUGCCGGCCGUCUCGAUGGACGAGCUGGCAGCCUUUGCGGAGUCCUACGGCCAGCGGCUGCGUCGCGCGGAGAGCCAGGAAACGCGGCGUUUCGAGCGCUCAGAGUCGCACGGCGGCCGUGGUGGAGGGCUGCCCCACCAGGACAGCUCCUUGGAGGAGUACUACAGCAAGCGUAGCAGAGGGAACCGAGAGCUGCUGACGGACUCAGAUCGGGGCUGGUCCUACAGCCCACCCCGCAGACGGGCCCACGAGGAGAAGCACCUGCCCAGGCUGGUGAGCCGGACUCCCGGAGGCAGCCAGAAGUAUGAUCACUCCUACCUCAGCAGUGUCUUGGAGAGGAAGUCCCGGAGCUAUGAUGAGAGCAGUGACCAUUGUGAAACCCCCACAAAGCUGAGCUCACAGCCCAGCCAGAGAGGAGGGGGAACAUACUAUGCCUGGUCACCACCCUCUACCUACAAAGCUGAGAAGUCGCAGCAGCAGCCACAGAAGCCACCACCAGCGCCUCAGCAGGAGGAAGAGGAGGACACCCUGCCCCCAUACAGCGAGAGGGAGCUGAGCCGAGGCCCUUCGUAUAGGUCCAGGGAGCAGGCCUACCUCAAUGCCUCUGAGAAGAAGAGGAAAAAGGACCCCAAGAAAACGAAUGAUUUCCCAACAAGGAUGUCCCUUGUGGUUUGAAGUUACUGUGGGCAUGUCAUAUUGAUGGGCUGGACACCAUGAGGUGACUGCAGCGGAAGAGAUACAGAGCAACGUGCAGGACAAGCCUCUGUGAACCUUCACAGCCAUCAGUUGUGGACUGUUCCAGUUGUUUGUUUCAUCAGGGGAGCAGAGGCUUUGAUAAGCGAUGGACUCCCGUGAACAGCUCUUGGUCUCAGAGGCUCUGGGAGUCUGCCAGGAAAAUGAGGCAGGGCUCUCUUUGGCACCCCAUUUUCCAGUGCCCUCCAUUCUGCACUGGAAGGCAGCCACGUCCCUGCUGUCCCUACAGCCCUGAACUGUUACAAGCAAGUCUGCCUUUGUGCCUCUUGCCCUGUCUCAUCUGCAGAGGCCUGUGUGCACACUGCUUGCUCUCUCUCUGCUCUCUUUUGGAUCAAAAUUGUCUUCAUACUUCAAGCCUUGUCUGUAUCAUCCCCAUGCUGGGAGGAGGCCUUGUUCUUACAGCUGCUGACUGCCUCCAGCUGAUUGGGCCUUAAAUUGUGAAGGAAAAUCUACAUCCUUUCAGACACCAUGGAAAAGGACUGAUGAGGUGUUACUUUGGCAAGGGCUGAACAGAGAGAGAGACAAUUAUGAGCUGGUUUGUUCAAUAUAUUAAGUUCUGUUCAUAGUGUGAUGAGAGUUGCAGGUGAGGUUGGUGUAUUGUUUUGAAAGUGGAUCAAAGUAGCUUUUAUUGUAAUGAGAGCAUGAUGUGUUUUCCCCAUCCCCACUGUGAUUUGUUUUGAUACAGUUGCACUUGCUUGCAGCUGAGCUAUGACCCUGUAGAGCUUCACGCUACAGUAUCUACUCCAUGGUAUCAUAAGCGGUGCUCUGGCCCUGCUGGCGCUCUGCUUCCAUGUCUGCAUAGUGAGUGGCCUUUUUGUUUUAAAGAAGGUGAAAAAGCAAAGUCUUAUUGAGAGGGCAGCUGCAGAUCUUCGUUCUGUGCCACUGGUGUUGGUCCUUUCUGGUGUUUGUUCCCAGACACUGGACAGUAACAGCAAUGGAA